CAGACAUGGGUUCGAGGAUAGCUUUCUCUUAUUGUGCUCUGCUACUGGUCACACUGCUGCCUCUUUCGGCAAAUGCGUCGAGCAAACUCUACAUAGUGUACAUGGGGGAGAAGAAACAUGAAGAUCCAUCUGUUGUCACCGCUACGCACCAUGAUAUACUAACCUCCGUACAUGGGAGCGAGGAUGAAUCCCUGAAGUCGAUAGUUUACAGUUACAAGCACGAAUUCUCUGGGUUCGCGGCAAUGCUUACCGAAACCCAAGCUAGGACGUUGGCAAGCAUAUGGCCUGAAUCACGAAGCUUUGACGACAACGGGUACAGCUUUGUGCCGGCACGGUGGAAAGGCAUAUGUCAGACCGAAACAGCAUUCAAUGCAACGAGUUGCAAUAGAAAGAUCAUCGGCGCAUGGUGGUACUCUGAGGGAAUUGACGCCAUGGACCUCAAGGGCGAGUACAUGUCGCCUCGGGAUUUCAACGGCCAUGGCACCCAUGUUGCCUCGACUAUUGCCGGAGGAGAAGUGCAGGGUGUGAGCUAUGGCGGCCUAGCCACCGGCACGGCACGUGGCGGGGCACCACGUGCACGGCUAGCAAUUUACAAGGUGUUAUGGGGCCCAAACACGGCAGCCAGUGACACGGACAUCCUUGCAGCCAUUGACGAUGCCAUACAAGAUGGCGUGGAUGUCCUGUCGCUCUCAUUGGGACGGGGUGCCCGUCACGAGUUCCCCGGGACACUUCAUGCAGUCUUGAGAGGGAUCUCAGUUGUCUUCUCUGCCGGGAAUGAUGGUCCGGCACCACAAACGGUGACGAAUGUCAUGCCAUGGGUGACGACAGUGGCAGCUAGCACGAUGGACCGGGCCUUCCCAACCCUCAUAUCUCUCGGAAACAAAGAAAAGCUUGUGGGACAAUCUCUUUACUACAACUCAACUCUGAACAGCGACGACUUCAAGGAGCUUGUUCACGCGGGAAGCUGCACGGCGGAGUGGUUAGCGUCAAACAACGUGACCGGCAAGAUCGUCCUGUGCUACGCACCAAGGCUGGCGCCCAGCGUGCUGCCUCGAGUAGAGCUGUCCCUCACCAUCAACCGUACUGUGGGUGCCGGAGCCAAGGGCCUCAUCUUUGCGCAGUACACCACGAACCUCCUGCUGAUAUGCAAGGGCGGCAUGCCCUGUAUUGUAGUAGACUACGAAAUUGCACAGAGAAUUGAAUCAUACUUGGCGAUCACAGAGAGUCCAAUCGUGAAGGUGUCACCUGGCAUGACCGUUGUCGGAGACGGGGUGUUGUCGCCAAGGGUUGCUUCAUUCUCGUCCAGAGGCCCGAGUCCUCUAUUCCCAGGCAUACUCAAGCCCGACAUAACUGCACCAGGCGUCGGCAUCUUGGCAGCUGUGCGCGGCUUCUAUGCGUUAAUGGAUGGUACAUCCAUGGCAUGCCCACAUGUCUCCGCAGUGACCGCGCUUCUUAAGUCGGUUCACCCUGACUGGUCGCCUGCUAUGAUCAAGUUUGCAAUCGUCACCACGGCGUCAGUGACCGAUCAAUUCGGCGUGCCAAUCGAAGCAGAGUCGGUGCCGAGGAAGGUAGCUGAUCCCUUCGACUUCGGUGGUGGCCACAUGGAUCCUGACAGAGCCGCUAACCCUGGCUUGGUUUACGAUGUGGAUGCAAGAGAGUACAACAAGUUUUUUAAUUGCACCCUUGGAUCGUCCCAUGGUUGCGAGUCCUACCAACUCAAUCUCAAUCUCCCGUCGAUCGCUAUUCCAGACCUCAAAGACCAUGUCACGGUUCAGCGCACUGUCACAAAUGUGGGGGCGGUCAGAACGACUUAUCAUGCGGUACUUGAAGCUCCAGCAAGGGUGGUCAUGUCCGUGGAGCCAUCUGUGAUCACAUUCGUCAAAGGAAGUAGCACAAGCAUGACAUUCAGAGUGUCGUUCACUACAAAGCGGAGAGUGCAAGUACAGACAGGAUACUAUGGGGAGAGCCAGAAGAUCAGGAGCCUGAUUUGCGUUGACCAUUUGCGGCGGCUAGGGUUCUUACUGGAAUUAGGGAUCGGGGUAUGCGACCAUGGGAGGUCCUUAAAAUAUCUUUGCGAAUGUGGCACCGUUGUGAAGCAGCAUGAUGGAGGCUGGUGGCAGUUGCCGUUUACAGGAAUACAGAGCAUCCGUACAAACUGGCACAAGACAUCAUGGUCGUCAUGUAUCGAACGUGCGCGUGGGUCUGCAAGACCACUAUAUGACAUUACUUUGGACGGACCCUACCCUAUACCAGUGGUAAUUACCUCACAUGGCCCAUAUCCCCAUGCAAACGAAAGGUUGUUCACAGGUUCCACCGUCUCACCCAUCAUGUACAGGCAGUGCGUCAUGUACACUUCCGUGCCACAGGAAUAUGCAAGUUCUGAGAACAUGACCAUCCUCCAUGAUACACUAAUUACCUUGGUUUUGGGAUUAGCAGUACUAGUUCUUAAGGGAAAGUUCUCGCUGCAGGCACCCAGAUUUACCCAUGAUUGA